AGUUGAAAGGCGCUGUGAGGACCCCAAUCCGGAAUGGUGAACAAUAAAACUCAAGCAAAGCCUAUCGUGAUGGACGAGUUGGUGAUGUUUGGAGAUAGUAUCACACAACAGGCUUGGCAGGCUGGUGGAACAGGUUCAUUCUUGGCUAAUCAGUAUCAGCGUAAACUGGAUGUUGUGAACCGUGGAUACUCUGGCUAUAAUACUAUCUGGGCGCUUCAAGUGGCUAAAAGGCUUUAUCCCUGUCAAGAAUCUAGUGGACGUGUUUUCGCUAAGAAAAAGCUGGUAACCAUUUGGCUCGGUGCUAACGACGCUGUGCUUCAAAAUCGACCUCAACACGUGGAAGCGCAACAAUACACUGCUAAUCUCAAACAACUAAUCAAGAUAUUUCGUGACCAUGACAUCGCAACCGCUCCUGGACCUCCAACACAGAUUAUCCUCAUCACACCGCCUCCGAUCUCAGUCUCCUUACGAGCCGCUGACUUGGCCAGUCGAUUCCCAGAUUGGACACCCGCAGACAUGGACCGUGAUGUUGACCGUACGGCCUCUUUUGCCGAUCAUGUCAAGAAUCUCGCGGCUGAAGAAGGCCUGCCUGUCUUGGACACCUGGACCGCGCUCACGAACGCAGCCGAAAGAUCUGAACAUGGUCUGGCUGAUUACCUCUGUGAUGGUCUUCAUUUAACUCCGGCAGGAUACGAGAUAAUAUCAAAUAAAUUGAUGAGUAUCAUCGAGACUCAACGACCAGACCUGCUUCCCGAAAACUUACCUCAAGAUUUUCCUCCGUGGAAAGAUAUCAAUCCUGAUGACCCAGAAGGAAGUUUCCCUCCUUCUUUAAAGCAUGAUGAGCUGUGAUUUAUGAUUGGAAGAUGGACAAUAUCUUCAUUCUCUGUUGGACAUCGUAUGUACAAGAUCAGUAAAGAAUUCUAUCCCUUUGUCUCAAAACCAAUUGGUGAGUGAUGUUCUUGAAUGCUUGGGGGUGCAAUUUUGGAUUGGUCCUGUUCUAUAUUCAACACCUGCUUUUCAAAAUACAUUUGUCCUCAUACCUGGCCUUACUUCUGGGACUUAGAGUGUGGCAAAGGGCAUGAUAGGACUCUGUCAGGAAUACACCAGCAGGCACCCUUUUGGUCACC